GAUGUUGUAUGAAUUAUUGAGCAAAUUCUGUCAGUGUCCCCAGUAAUGACUAUGGGUAUGUCUUUUUCCCCCUUUAGCUUUGAUAUUUAUUCUUCUUAUACCUCAAAAUUCUCCUGUGUUCACAUAAACAUUUAAAAUUGAUAUGGCUUUUGGUUUUACUUACCCUUUUAUCAUUAUGAAAUAUUUCUCUUUCUCUCUAGAAAUAUUGUCUUGAUGGCUACUUUUGGAAAGCUGUAUAUAUUUAUGUAAUUCAUAUAUUAGCAAGGCUUCCAACGUUUGGCAUCUAUCGUUCGUUAGACUAUUAUGCAAAACUGAGGAAAUAGUAUUUACAUCAGCACAGAGGCAGGAACAAAAAUGACAGGACUGUUCCAGGGCCAGUAAGAUUUGAUGAAGCUGUAGCAUCAGUGGAGGACAGAGGAGUGGCGAUUUCCAUUUGGCCCUUUACACUGUAUUUUGGCUCUUGAUUAUACAGCAUAAUAGUGUGGGACAGUCUUUGUAGUCUUAUAGUCCCAGGUUUAACUUCUGACUUUACCAUUUAUUAACCUUGUGACCUUGGGCAGGUUACUUAACCUCUAUUUCCUCAUAUGUAAAUUGGGGACAAAUAAUAGCCUAUCCUUCAUGUGUUUUUACACAGAGUAAAUUAUAUAUGUACUGCAUACAUACACAUUAUAUCUAUACACACAAAUACAAUGCUUAGUAUUCAAUAAAUAAAUACUAGACAGGGCCGGGCGCGGUGGCUUACGCCUGUAAUCCCAGCACUUUGGGAGGCCGAGGCGGGUGGAUCACGAGGUUAAGAGAUAGAGACCAUCCUGGUCAACAUAGUGAAACCCCGUCCCUACUAAAAAAUACAAAAAAUUAGCUGGGCACAGUGGCGCGUGCCUGUAAUCCCAGCUACUCAGGAGGCAGAGGCAGGACAAUUGCCUGAACCCAGGAGGUGGAGGUUGCGGUGAGCCGAGAUCGCGGCAUCACACUAUACAGCCUGGGCAAGGAGAGCGAAACUCCGUCUCAAUAAAUAAAUAAAUAAAUAAACAAACAAACAAACACUAGACAUAUUUUUAUAUCAUAGAUGUAUAUAUUAUAUUACACGUAUUAUGUAUUUUUUUAUAUAGUCUAGUCUCAAUUUUCCUGCUGGCUUCAAUUUUGAGAGAUUUAAUUAAUUGUCCUUUUUGUUUGAAGCUUUCUGUUUUCCAAUUGCUCCCAUUCUCCCUGCCCCUACUCCCUUACUCUACUUUCUUAGUUCCCAACUUUCUGGGCCUCUUCCUUGCCCAAACUGGAUUUUAUAACCUCAAGAACUGCAGACUGUACAAUUAAGGUAGUUGCUACUUGCUAUCUUCCUCCUUUUGCCAUUUCCCAUGAACCUCAAUAACUUGGCUCCAAUUUCAAUUUCUGCUCUGAAAAAAAUGCACUUAUUAGAACUUUCCAAUUAUCUGCAAUAUGAAUGCAGAUAGCUGGGGCCUAGUUGAGAAACACACCCCAUGUAGUUGUGAUGAAAGAAUAACACUGUUUGCAGAAGAAAUGCACUAGAAUUAUGAUAAAUAUUCUCAGCAAAAAUUGUCAGUAGGGCUAUAAAAGGCCCUUUGGAAGGGGCAUUUGAAAACUCGGCUCAGCAACUUCCUUUUCCACCUUGAAGCAUCCCCUUCAAAAGAAUUCCCAACUAGAGGAUGUUUGAUGUUCUUGACCUCGCAGCAUGAUGAGAAAGAAAGAUCAUGGGUUUUGAAGUCGGCUAGUGCAGACGCUUACUGUUCCGGUUAUUUCUCAGACUGAAUGCAUUUUUCCUGGCUGGUAAAUUGCAGAUAGGCAUCCUUUCCUAAAUCCACAUCUACAAUAGUUUCCCUUUAUGGGUCUUCGUGCAACUUAUACCUUUCAUUAUCAUAGUUUCAUUUUCCAUUUAAGUAUCUAAUAACGUCAGCCUCCUAUAGUGGAUUGUAAGAUCCACGAGGCCAAGCAGCAUGAGAAUUCACUGUAUUCCUGUGUCCCCAGGCUAAACCAUCACUGUACACCCAAGAGUCUAGCACAGUGCCUGGCACACAGUAGACAGCAAGUGAAUGACAAAAGAGCAGUUGCCAGUGGCCGGAGCUCCGUCGCUGGGGCGUAAAGAGAGCCGCCCUGGCACUGGGCUAACUUACCCCGUGGCGCCCCAGCUUUGCUCGGGCCAGAACCUCUACGCCCCUUUCCCGUCCUGCCAGGAGCCACAGCUGCAGGCAGCGCCUUGCUUCGUGACGUCACUCGGGGCGGGACUUCCGGCCGCCGAAGUUUAACCGUCUAAGCGGGAGCCGGAAGCCCAUCGCUGAGCGGGCCGCGGCCCCCUGUUGUGUUGCCGCCGUGAGGUGCAGUCAUGCAGGAAAACCUCAGAUUUGCUUCAUCAGGAGAUGAUAUUAAAAUAUGGGAUGCUUCAUCUAUGACAUUGGUGGAUAAAUUCAACCCACACACGUCACCACAUGGAAUCAGCUCAAUAUGUUGGAGCAGCAAUAAUAAUUUUUUAGUAACAGCAUCUUAUAGUGGCGACAAAAUAGUUGUUUCAAGUUGCAAAUGUCAACCUUUUCCACUUUUAGAGCUUGCCGAAGGGCAAAAGCAGACAUGUGUCAGUUUAAAUUCUACAUCUAUGUAUUUGGUAAGCGGAGGCCUAAAUAACACUGUUAAUAUUUGGGAUUUAAAAUCAAAAAGACUUCAUCGAUCUCUUAAGGAUCAUAAAGAUGAAGUAACUUGUGUAACAUACAACUGGAAUGAUUGCUACAUUGCUUCUGGUUCUCUUAGUGGUGAAAUUAUUUUGCACAGGGUAACCACUAAUUUAUCUAGUACUCCUUUUGGCCAUGGUAGUAAUCAGUCUGUUCGGCAUUUGAAGUACUCCUUGUUUAAGAAAUCACUACUGGGCAGUGUUUCAGAUAAUGGAAUAGUAACUCUCUGGGAUGUAAAUAGUCAGAGUCCAUACCAUAACUUUGACAGUGCACACAAAGCUCCAGCUUCAGGCAUCUGUUUUUCUCCUGUCAAUGAAUUGCUCUUUGUAACCAUAGGCUUGGAUAAAAGAAUCAUCCUCUAUGACACUUCAAGUAAGAAGGUGGUGAAAACUUUAGUGGCUGACACUCCUCUAACUGCGGUGGAUUUCAUGCCUGAUGGAGCCGCUUUGGCUAUUGGAUCUUCCCGGGGGAAAAUAUAUCAAUAUGAUUUAAGAAUGUUGAAAUCACCAGUUAAAACCAUCAGUGCUCACAAGACAUCUGUGCAAUGUAUAGCAUUUCAGUACUCCACUGCUCUUACUAAGUCAAGUUUAAAUAAAGGCUGUUCAAAUAAGCCCACAGCAGUGAACAAACGAAGUGUUAAUGUGAAUGCUGCUAGUGGAGGAGUUCAGAAUUCCGGAAUUGUCAGAGAAGCACCUGCCAUAUCCGUUGCCACGGUUCUACCACAACCUGUGACAUCAGUUGUGGGGAAAGGAACAGUUGCUAUUCAAGAAAAAGCAGGUUUGCCUCGAAGCAUAAACACAGACACUUUAUCUAAGGAAACAGACAGUGGAAAAAAUCAGGAUUUCUCCAGCUUUGACGAUACUGGGAAAAGUAGUUUAGGCGACAUGUUCUCACCUAUCAGGGAUGAUGCUGUAGUGAACAAGGGAGGUGACGAAUCCAUAGGCAAAAAAGAUGGCUUUGACUUUCUACCGCAGUUGAACUCAGUGUUUCCUCCAAGAAAAAAUCCAGUAACUUCAAGUCCUUUGGUAUUGCAUUCAAGUCCUCUUAAUGUCUUUAUGGAAUCUCCAGGGAAAGAGGAAAAUGAAAAUCAUGAUCUGACAGCUGAGUCUAAGAAAAUAUAUAUGGGAAAACAGGAAUCUAAAGACUCCUUCAAACAGUUAGCAAAAUUGAUCACGUCUGGUGCUGAAAGUGGAAAUUUAAAUACCUCUCCGUCAUCUAACCAAACAAGAAAUUCUGAGAAAUUUGAAAAGCCAGAGAAUGAAAUUGAAGCCCAGUUGAUAUGCGAACCCCCAAUCAAUGGGUCCUCAACUCCAAAUCCAAAGGUAGCAUCUUCUGUCACUGCUGGAGUUGCCAGUUCACUCUCAGAAAAAAUAGCUGAUACCAUUGGAAAUAACCGGCAAAAUGCACCAUUGACUUCCAUUCAAAUUCAUUUUAUUCAGAACAUGAUACAGGAAACAUUGGAUGACUUUAGAGAAGCAUGCCAUAGGGACAUUGUGAAUUUGCAAGUGGAGAUGAUUAAACAGUUUCAUAUGCAACUGAAUGAAAUGCAUUCUUUGCUGGAAAGAUACUCAGUGAAUGAAGGUUUAGUGGCUGAAAUUGAAAGACUACGAGAAGAAAACAAAAGACUACGGGCCCACUUUUGAAAUUUCAGUGAAUACCUUAAUGUUCUGUAAUUUGGGAAGUUUCUGGGAACACAGAACUGCAUAGAAUCAGUAUUGUUUUCAUGGCCUCCAGGGAAGAGAUUUUAUUUUCAGGUAAAAGUAAAAGGGUGAUGGGAUUUUACACCAACCACUGUUUUCACUUUAAAAAUAUGUAUAUUUUUAUAAUAAAAAUUGUACAGUAUGUUAUCUACCCAAUAGGAAAGUCAACAGGAUCUUUAUUUUUUGAAAGCUUUAGCCAUCCACUAAGUGCCCUUUUUCGUAAGAGAAGAAAAUUGGUCCUCAAAAUUGGUUAUGUUUGUGUUUUAGUCAUCUUUUUUUAAACAUAUAUUUUUGAUUGACAGACGGCCUUUCAAAUUUUUUGGGCUAGUUGAGAUUUAAAGUGUUUGAUAUGCCUUCUAUUUUUAUGGAGAAAGUAAUUUUUAAAUGACAGUUCAUGUUUCUAAGCUAUUACUAAUAAAGCAUAGGGUUGGCUAAUAAUUAUUUUGUUAACUUGAUGAAGUCAAGUAUGACUAUUAUUUAUUGUACAUUUAAUAAGAUAAUUUUUGGAAUUUUGAAUUGCACAAAUUACAUGAUAUCUUUUGCAUUUAUGUUACUAUAUUGUACAUCUGACAAAUCUUUACUCCUGGGUGGUAUUUUUUUUAGAUCUCUUUACCUAUGAAAAAUGUUUAAGGGUUCAUAGGACUUGACAAGAGCUAUCUAUCUGCUGAUUAUCUCAUUAGCAUGAAACAUUGUGCUGUAAAAUUUAGUCAACAUGACAACUUACAAUGAGUGGGGAUUCCAUAUUAGAUACUAAAUAUUACAGUACUAUUGCUUUAUCUAAUUCUUUGUGUACUGUGUAUAAUAUUUUUAUAUUAUUUGCCUUACUAUAAAACUAUUCAGAAAGGUUGUCAAAAUAAUUUAUACCUCUUUGGCAGUAGUUAGAUGUAUACAUCUACCUACUGUAAUCUACAAUUUUAGGUUAAAUGUAAGCUUGGGAGGGCCACUGACUUGUUCACCUUCUUGUUGUCUCUUGUCCCAAAAAUUUAAACUAUGUACCUUUGUAUAGUUCUCCUGCCCCAUUUUGACUUCUGCGAUGAAAGUAUUUACCAAAAUUAAAAAAAAAAAACAACCUCUAGCUUAGCUUACUAACUUUAUGGGUUUCUGAAGUGAUAGAAGUUUUUAAGGAUACAUUUAAUAAGCAUAAACUUAUUAAUAAUUACUUCUAAAAAUAAAAACAGGAUUAUUACUUUUUCCCAGUGUGGUUUAUAGAAUACAUUUGUACUGAAGCAUAUAGGGAUGUUAAUGUGAUCUUUUCCUGACAGAUUAUGAAAGCAUUAUGACUUGUAACAAGUUUCCUUGUAUAUUACUAUCUAACAGGUUCAGAAGACAUAAAUAUUAGUGUGUUUUGCCUACAUCAUGUAUUUAAAUCUAUUAAUAUUUUCUUACUGCCUUUUUAAAAAAUAAAUGCACAUAAUGUGUAUUAAAAGAGGUGGGAUAAAAUAAUUUUAGUAAUUAUGUGUAUAGAUGAAAAAUUUUUGUCAUGGAAUUUAAAAGCUAAGUAAGUAUAAAAAAUAAAAUUUUAUAUGCAAAAAAUAGGAAA